CUACGUUGACAUAGUUCGUCAGCUGAAAUAUCGUGUUUUUAUGCGUGCUAUCUAUAAUAUUAUUUCCGUCGUGUUUAUUUAUAAAAUUAGAAUUGAACGACGCAGAAGAUUAGAAAAAUGGCAACAGGAGUAAAACCUCGCGACGACGAAAGCAGCUUUAGUCGCGCUGAUUUGGAAGCGAUUCAAGAUGCGAUGAAAAAUAAGAAAUUUCGAGAUCUCCUCAGCGAGUACUGCGAUGAAGUACGUGACCCGGCGAAUCAAGCGAUCUAUCAGAAAGAAAUGACUCAAUUAGAGAAAGAGCGUGGCUACGACGUAACGUUUAUCAAUCCGAAAGAAGGUUAUGUUAUCAAAACGAGCGUCGCUGGCGACCGGAAAGCUUUUAUUAAUAUUUGCAGCAACACCAACGUCGAUAAGCCGUCGUGUAAAGUUCAGGAAUUGAACGGGAAAAAAGGUAUAAACUGGCAGCUACCGUACUCGAUCAUACCGCCUAGGGAGGACUACGAUAAAAAUAAACAGAGGUGCGUCGUCUACGACGUCGUGUUUCAUCCCGACACAUUACGGAUGGCUGAGGUUAACAAACGUUUCCGUGAGUUAGUAAACAAAACCGCAUUCGAGGGUCUACAGAAUACCUAUAACAUCCACUUCGAUAACAACAACUGCCGGUUUCCGAAGCUAAAUUAUAAAGGCAUGACAACACCUGCCGUUAUACGAAAAGAAGAUCCUAACUUCGUUCCUCCGGGCGCCGACGAAGAUGAUGCAAUGACUCCGGAAUUAAUUGAAAAACUGUAUCCACAAAAAGUGUACUCAGAGAAGUCUAAAUCCAAUGAAGUCGAUAGUGAGUCGAAACACCACAAAAGAAGGUCGAAAAAUAAUAAAGAAUUCAGUCACUCGUCGGAAAAAGGUUAUACUAUACCUAAGUAUGUGAUAAAACAGCAGAAAAAUGUGGAUCUUCAAGAUUAUACUUACGACAAACACAGUAAACAGUAUAUGGCAAUACCUAGCCAUAUACUAGUAACUGUGAACCUACCAUUAUUAACAUCAACAAAAGAUUGCAUGUUAGAUGUUAAAGAUAGAAGCCUAAGUUUAAUAUCAGAGAAACCUGCCAAGUACAAACUAAACAUAACAUUGCCAUAUUCUGUGAACGAUGAAUGUGGGAACGCCAAGUUUGACAAAACAAAACAUGUGUUAACGGUGACCUUACCAGUGAUAGCUGAAAAAGUUCCCAGCAGAACUCUUAAACCUCUGAGAGCCGAUAGUGGUAUUGACAGCGAAAACAACUCCUUCGAUGAGGAGGAGGAGACUCAAAAGUGCUUAGUGGAGGAAAUUCAAUCUACAACUACUGAUCCCAGCAUAACUGCAACUGAAAAUACUAAAGAAAUAAAUAACAAUGAAUUCCUAGAGUCCACCAUUGGCUACAUUCUCCCAUCUUACACUUACAAUGUUUUGGAUGAUGUAAUUGCCUUCACCUUCCAUGUUAAAAACACCGAUCCCAGUUCUGUUCAAGUUAAAAAAGAGGACAGUAAAAUAUACAUUAAAUUUUCUACUGUCGGUUCUGGAUUUGUACAAAUGUAUUAUGCUGCGAUUAUCUUGUUUGAAGACGAUGUUACCUUUAAUGAUGCCAUAGGCGAAGCCUGGGAUAACAAUGUAAUAUUGCAGCUGGAGUUGAAUGGAUGCCUUCCAAAAUGCUUCUCUAUAGGCCUAAAUGAGGAUAUGACUGAAGAGAUCAUAGAGUCCUCGCAAAUAAACAAGACUAUUCAGGAAACAGAAAAGGUAGAAGAGAAAGAAAAAGUUGCAGAAGAUGCUCCCAUUGUAGAAGUAACUAAUACUGGAAUGGAAACAAAUAUUUUGGUGUCUAGUAAAAGUAAUGUUGAAGAGGAACAUAAAGAGCGGAAAAUAGUUUGGGUAGAUUCUGGCCAUAGCGAAAAUGGAGCUAAAAGUAUACUCAGGAAACCAAUUAGUAUUAUGAGGAGCUAUUCUGAAUCAAGCACAGGAGAUGUCGCUUCAUCUAUGGAUUAUAUAAGUUCCGACUGUAUUCCAGAAGAAUCCAGCUUAAAAAAGACUGUUAGGUUUAGUAAUGUUAUUGCAAGGCAGUUUUACAGGUUCAAUUCUUCAAUUGAAGCCCAGAAGAGGAAAAAUCAAAGGAAGAAGAACAAAAAACGUAGCCAAGAAAGAAGAAAGAGUGAAAGUGAAGCGGAGGAAGAUACUUUGGUUUCAAUUCGGUCAUCAGCACCUAGGAAGACAGCACUCAAGAAGAGACACGACAGUGGACUGGCAGACACUUCAGAUGCGGAGGGUGACUGUAAAUACACCAUGUCCGACUCGGAGGUGGCAUAUGAGAAGAUGAGAAACUCCCAGAACACAGGCUUGAGGAAAGGAUCAUCAGAGCUUGCCAUUGAUGACAGUGAAAAAAAAAGUAAAGAGUGGGCAAAGAAAUUGUCAAAAGAGACAAGUAAAAAAGCCAAGCUGCCCAACAAAGUGAAUGAGAAGUCCUGUGAUAAUAUUAAGCAUAAUACUAACCUGUAUGACCCUGAAAAGUUAAACCCGGGUCUAUACCCAGAGGUUAAGUUUAAAAAUGAUCUCAUCUUUGAUCUUGAUAUGUGAGAUGUAUAAGAUACAUUGUUAUAAUGAUAAUAUGCAUAUUGGAAUUAUUAAGUAACUCCUUACUAAUAAAAAAAAUCCACAGUGUGUAAUACAUUUGCUUAGCAGAAAAGGAAAUAAACAUUUCGUAACUUUAAGGUCUGUAUACACAGUGUGAUUCUUUUUAUCAGUAAGGCGGUAAUUGUUUUAAAAUAAUAAUUAUUCAUACACUUAUUUUGAUAACAUCUACAUAUUUUAUUAUUAAUGUCAGAACUCCAAUUCAUAUAAUUUCUAUUCAAUUUGCAGAAUAGUUUUAGUGUCACAAUAUCUGAGCUUUUUCAGCCCUUACUGAAACUUCACUGUAAAUUAAUAGAAAUUGUCACUUACAUGAAUUAUACACUAGAUUUUAAUCAAGAAAUAAAAUCGAUGAAAAGAUAUUUCCAUUUAACAUUGACUCCAUGUAUGUAUGUAUGAAUAAUUAUUUGACAGUGUUUAGAGUUAGAACUGUGAGUUGAUUUCUGCAUGAGUAGUAGAUUUAUUUUCUUGAACCUUUCCAGUACAAUAAUUAUGUUCCUUGUUUUGUCGUGAUGACUAGUUUAUGGCAAUGGUUUGUUUAAUUAUGCAAUGUGAUCUACUGCCAUAUUAUUAGAAACUAAAAGUAAUUUAUAUUUUACAGUAUAUUUUCAAUCUGUCCCAGAUGUCCAUCUAUGUAAAAUGCAUGUUUUUCUACUUAAUUAUUUGUAUAAGUGCUCAUUUAAGGUACACGCAUAUUAUGACGGGGAGCAUUUUGCAUAUUACAGUACCAAGGGCAACUUGGUCACAAAAAGUGUGCGACGCAGCCGUUUUAUACGUGCGUACCCUUAGAAUGGAUAUGCUCAUAUAGACAAUAUGUAUAAAAUAUAUCACAUGGUACAAAUUAGUUUUAGCGAUACACUGUGUAGAAAUAAGUGUUAUUGCACCGAUACACAGCUACUACUUAAUAUUGUAUCCUAGAUAGUGGUAAAAAAAUUAUGAUCACGAAAUCUGCAAUUAAAUCACAAUUCUCGUUCAAUUCGGAUUCGAAAAAAAUCGGAAAGAUGUUCGCCACAAGUGAAUCGGACCCCAGACCCAUGAAAUAAUUAAUCAACGACAUUGCAUCUGAAUGGAAUCUAUUUUAUGGAAUUUAUAUUGGAAUUGAUUAGAAAAUAUAGGCGUAUUUACAUGGUGCAGUAGCAAGCGCAAGCAUCAUUGGAUUCUGGCUCUUGGUCAGCUUCCAAUCCGGUCCAUUAUUGACAAAAUUGACAGUGCUUGAAUCCAGUAAAGCUGCCGCAAGCUACAGUAGCAAUAUUAAUCACCUUUUUUACUUAUACAGGGUGUAACAAAACUAAGUGAUAAUACUUAAUUGUUACU